AUUCCAACCUUCUAAUGUGUGUGUCUAAAUUUCCCGCUGAUUUUAGUACUACGUUCAAGCGAUUCUACAGCAAUGUUUUGUGAGAAAGCUAUCGAGUUGAUUCGGGAGCUUCACCGUGCUUCAGACGGGCAGCUGCCCGCGUUUAACGAGGAUGGAAUCAGACAGGUUCUUGAAGAAAUGAAAGCUUUAUUUGAGCAGAACCAAGCUGACGUUAAUGAAGCAAAAACCGAAGGACGUAGCGACUUGAUACCAACCAUAAAAUUUCGGCACUGUUGUCUGCUUAGAAAUCGGCGGUGUGUUGUUGCAUAUUUGUAUGACAGAUUGCUUAGAAUUCGUGCACUGCGGUGGGAAUAUGGCAGUGUUCUUCCAAAUGCCCUGAGGUUCCAUAUGUCUGCAGAAGAGACAGACUGGUUCAACCAGUAUAAGAAGUCAUUGGCUACAUACAUGCGAUCGUUGGGAGGUGAAGAAGGGUUGGAUAUUACACAAGACAUGAAGCCUCCGAAAAGCUUGUACAUAGAAGUGCGUUGCCUAAGGGACUAUGGUGAGUUUGAAAUUGAUGAUGGUACAACAAUCCUCCUAAAGAAAAACAGCCAGCAUUUUUUGCCGAGGUGGAAAUGUGAACAGUUAAUUCGACAAGGGGUUCUGGAGCACGUAUUGUCAUAAAACAUAGAAAAACUUGGCCGAAGAUGAUACAACAAAAUGCCCUUAAAUGUUUGAUGCAUACUAAUGACUGUAUAUAUUUAUAUCUAUUAUAAAAUAUAUAUUUGUAUCAUGUUUGUACUGUAUUCUUUUUGGAAAAUAAAAGGUAGUACCAUA